CUUUGUCUUUGCUGGUCCCGCAUGUAUGUUCAUUGCCGCGGUGCCGUCGUGCCUGCGAUCGAGGAACCGCUGAGCCGCUUAAUUGCAGCGCCUCGAUUCCCGGGGCGGUGUCGCCGUCGAAACGCUGGAUCCGAGCGGCUCCAUCCAGGCCCGCAUCCAGCACUCGCAUCCAGCACUCGCAACUCUGGACACGAGAACAUACCUGUCUCAUCCACGCCUCUGCUCUGUGUGGCGCUAGACACUUUUUGGUACCGGCUGCUUGAGGACAAGAUCGGCGGAUACUUUACUGCAGCGAUCAAGAAGCAGCAUCAGAAAACUGUUACGAUGAACAUAUCUAAAACAAACCUGCUGUGGAAAGUCUCGAUUGCAAAAGUCAUCGCCGAUAUUGUCCUCUUUGAUGGACCCUACCUGGCAUUCUUCUUCAUCAGCACCCAUCUGAUGUCAGGGUCGACCUUCAAGUCUGCGAUCGAGCAUAUGAAGGCCGACAUCCUGCCCACGUUCUUCAUGGAUGUCAUCGUUUGGACACCUGUGCAGCUCGCCAACUUCCGAUGGAUACCUGUGCUCUACCAGCCGGUGCUUGUGAACUCGGUAAAUGUCGGCUGGAACGCCUACUUGAGCUAUGUCAAACACCGGGAGGCCCCUGCCAAGGCUACAUCAGAAAAGUAGCUGUGUGCCACCCAAGUCUGCUCCAUCUGCCCACCCUCCGUCGUCGUGGGAGGGGAGAGGGGCGGCCGGAUGUCUCUGGAUACUCUCGGUGUUAGGCGAUGGUGUUGAAUCGCCAAGUACCGGGGCCACCAAAUGCCGAGCACCUCUAUCGAGGCCGGUCAAGAUCGUGUUGCUGGAUUGCACACAUGUCGCGGGUCUCUGAGAGAGACAUGGAUCGAGACACUUCGUAGAAUACAUUGUCCAAGUGACCAACGGCGUUGGAAUGCCGCAAAGCA